AUCGAAUUAUGUAAAUAGAAGAAAGUAAUAAUGAGAAAGCCCAAAUUUUAUCCAAUUUGGGAGAAACAUAAUCACUUCAUUUUUCCGCCGGCUCAGAUUGACAAUUUUAUUUUCCUCGUCAAGAGUACUGUUGAUGUAGGUUUUGUCUGGACUUUAAAGAGAAAAAGCGAAAAAAAUGUGCUUUUCCUUUGGUUUGUUUUGUCCUUUCUUUUUCCAAUUAUUUUCUCGGGAAAGUGAAACCAAAAACGGCUCAUCGAAUUUUUAUUAGCUUGUUAACUUAGUUUUGCAGUUGAGACAGUGUGACAAGCUAGAACUGAAACCCUAGGGGUGGUGCAAGGUUCUGUUACCAUAUGAAGCAGAUUUUUUUUUUUUUCGUGAAAGCCAGUAAUGAAAAAAUAACUUGAUCUAAUUUCAUGGGUAUUUUUAGAAUCUUUUAUUUAAUGUUUAUGAAGCACUUUUGUUGUGAUUACUGGUGUUUUGUUGAAUGGUAUUUAAUUUUUUUAAUUAUAAAUAAAGAUAGAAGGUUGUUGGCAUCGAUUAUUUCGGUGAAUAGAAAUAUAGAUUUCUAGUCAUUAUUGCAGCUGCAGGAGGUUUGUGUGGAUUUCCUGGCCGAUAGGAAUUUAUUAUUUAUAUUUUUAAAUUUUAACAAUCCUUCUAUUUUUGAUUAGUCUUGUCGUGGGGUCGGAUUCAAGUCAUAAACUUGUUGGUUUGCUCUCCUAUUUUUGUGAGAAUUAUUGAAGGUAAAAUGCUGAACAUUUCUACCAAAUAGAUGUGCAAAGUACAAUUAUUGGAAAGAAAGAGAGUGAAAUAAGUUAUGCUGAUGCUGUGCAACAGCAGUCAAAAUAAAUAAGAUAGUUUAUUUAAGAGAAAGGAAACCUUACAGAGGAACUAGGAAUUAUACCAGAUUUAGACAGAAGACUAUUAAAGUCUACACCAGUUUUGGGGGAAAUAUUACCACUCUAUUAAACUCGUUGGUGGUGAUGUUUUAACUCUUUCUUUGUCAGAGUUUGUUUGGAUUCUAGUAGAUCGCUUUUUUCUUUAUAGUAUGAAAAUGGGUUGGAGACUAACAUAUUCAAUCGAGUAGGAUACCGAUUUUAAUUCAGUUAGAUCUCUGUAUGCGGGUUGACAAGCAGACCCAAUAUUUUUCUAUAAAAAUGGACUAUAGGUUUGCCUUUUUGUGGUAUAAGUAACCCUUUGAAUCGUAAAAAUAAAAAAGGAAAUACAUGCCCAGCGAUUUGCAAAUGUGAGAUUUGAAGUUGGUAGUGCAUUUUAUGGAUAAGAGUGUGUGAAGUAUCGAGCAAUCUAUGAGUUCAGUGAUGGAGUGGAAUACAAAGACACCCUUGCAUUGGGAUUGGGAAAACCUAAUAAUGUUCAAUGGAACAGCUGCUGAAAAUCCUAGGAAGCUGCAACAAACAGAAUGGGAAAUUGAUGGAGAUGGGGCAAUUGACUCUGCAUCUUUCUUUUCAUCAGGGGAUGGUGCUAGUGGUGGUUCUGGCUCUGAUUUGGGGCUUGCUUCUUUGUCAAAGAGCUUGAAAUCAGCUUCCAAUAAUUCAUCAUCAAUGGGAGAAACAAAAACAUCCAAAUUUGACUUAGAUGCUUUUGAGGAAAAUCCUGAAGAUUUUAGCAAUCAAAAAGAAUUUGCCAAGGCUGAACCAACUACUAGUUCCCCCACUCUUGAAGCUUCAGUUGGCUCUGUUGAGCCAUUGCUUAGUCUGAAGCUUGGCAAACGAAUGUACUUUGGAGAUGCACGUGCAGGGAGCAAUACUAAAAGUUCAUCUAUUUCUGUGACUCCUGCAUCAUCAGUUGCUCCAGCUAAGAGAUCCAAGUCCAAUUCCCAGCCUACAAAUGUUGCUGUACGUUGCCAAGUUGAAGGCUGUGGGGUGGAUCUCUCAUCAGCUAAGGAUUACCAUCGCAAACAUAGAGUUUGUGAAGCUCAUUCCAAGUGCUCAAAGGUCAUUGUAGGUGGUGUUGAACGUAGAUUUUGCCAGCAGUGUAGCAGGUUCCAUGGUCUGUCAGAAUUCGAUGAAAAGAAGAGGAGUUGUCGUAGGCGUCUGUCUGAUCACAAUGCUAGACGACGCAAGCCACAGCCAGAAGCUAUCAGGUUAAAUCCAGCAAGGCUGUCUUCCUCACCCUAUGAUGGGAAGCAACAGGUGAAUUUUGUUUGGAGUGGAGUCCCCUUUGGUCAACCAAAGCCUAUUGAAAAUUUUACAUGGGAAGGCACAUGUGCCUCCAAGUCUAUUCAAACAAAAGGACAUGUAUUAAAGCCUUCAAAAUUUGGUGGCACUGAUGGGCUGCCGCCUCUACAAGGCCAUCAGGUUCCAAAUCCAGUGCAGGCACAUAAUUCUAAUGAGUUCUUUCUGUCCAAGGACAAGGGUACCCCAGUUGAAAUUCUUGACCAAGGUGUAAAAGAAUCCAUGAUUUCUUUCAAUUUGGGUGCGGCACAAGACUGUCAUCGUGCUCUCUCUCUUCUGUCAGCAAGUUCUUGGGAUUUAUGUGAGCCGAAACAGGUUUCACAUAACCAACCUAUGUAUACAAGUCGUACUAGCAUGCCUCAGACUGUGACACAUGCAGUGGCUCAAAGUUCUCCGCUACCUUCGGAAUACAGGUGGACUCAAAAACAGUCGACUGAAUCCCAAGUGCAUACCUUGUCUUCACACAACGAUGAAGGUAAUUACAUCCAGGAGAUCCAGCUGUUCAGAGCACCAUACAACAAUGCAUUUUAUUCAAGUCAUAUGAAUUGACUGCCAGGACCUCGGCAAUCAUUUCAGUCUAAUAGUUUAAAAGCUAAGGAAAUAAAAGUAGUUUAGUUUGGGUGUUAGCAGCAGUGACCAUCUCCAGGAAAUGACAUGCAUCUGGUUACCAGGAUGCAAAGACCAAGAAGUUGAAUGAAGCCUUUUUAACCAUAUUGUUUUUGUCCUGCUUCAUUAUGUAUGUAAUGCCACGAAUGUUAAAAUCAAUUGAAUUUCAUAAUUUUUGCCCGCGUAGACCGAUGCGGGGGGAAACCAAGGUUGAUGGGACACUGAUUAUUAUUUGCUUCA